UCCAGGCCCUCGGAGUGCACUGCUGGCUCCAGGACCCCGGCCACAUUACCCGGCACACACAGCUCCGCCGCACAUCUCAGUCGCCGCCAAGCCUCCAGCACCCCUGCCUCCGCAGCCGCUCGGAGCCCCACGGAGGUGCCAUGCCGAGCGGGCUGAGAGGGCGUGUGGUGGCUGGCGCCCUGGUCCUGGCCAGCUUCUGGCUGGCCGCCGCCGGGCGCCCGCUGGCCUUGUCGGAUGCGGGCCCGCACGUGCACUACGGCUGGGGUGAGCCCAUCCGUCUUCGACACCUGUACACCGCCGGCCCCCACGGCCUCUCCAGCUGCUUCCUGCGCGUCCGCACCGACGGCGCGGUAGACUGCGCGCGGGGCCAGAGCGCACACAGUUUGCUGGAAAUCAGGGCCGUCGCUCUCCGGACCGUGGCCAUCAAGGGCAUGCACAGCGCGCGGUACCUCUGCAUGGGCGCCGACGGCAGGAUGCAGGGGCUGCCUCAGUACUCGGAGGAAGACUGUGCCUUUGAGGAGGAGAUCCGGCCAGACGGCUACAACGUCUACUGGUCUGAGAAGCACCGCCUGCCGGUCUCUCUGAGCAGUGCCAGACAGAGGCAGCUGUACAAGGGCAGGGGCUUUCUGCCGCUCUCUCACUUCCUGCCCAUGUUGCCUGUGACCCCGGCCGAGCCUGGGGACCUCAGAGACCACCUGGAAUCUGACAUGUUCUCUUUGCCCCUGGAAACUGACAGCAUGGAUCCAUUUGGGAUCGCCACCAGACUGGGCGUGGUGAAGAGUCCCAGCUUUCAGAAAUGACAAGGUUCUGGCCGUGCCUCAAGGGCAGUCCUGAGUCUGUGUUCUGUUUAGCUUUAGGAAGAAACAUUUAGAAGUUGUACCUAUGCAGAAUUUUACAUUGGCUGUGCCAGUUUCUAGUUUCUUGUAUGAUCAUAAAAUUGUAAGCCCUCUGCCCACCCAGCUGCUACCCGAGCCCCCAUCCCACUCCCUGGAGAUUGCUGGACAAGCUGCUCUGUUAACCUGGUUCUGCUUGAAUACCUCCACCGACAGAGAACUUACUCCCUUUGGAAAAAUUCUUAUAUCAAGCUGAAAUUCUCUAUAAUUUUUUCUCAUCAUUUCCAGCAGGGGCAGCCAGGAGACAAGCAAGCCUUUUAAACUCAUAUACAGGUGAUCAGCUCUGUGAGACAUGAGGUAAAUGUGAGCCCAAGUGAGAAUGGAUCUGGAUCUCAACUCCAAGGACAGUGUACCCUCCCCAGAGCCGCCUUCCAGCUGCAGGAAAUCUUGACAAGUCCCACUGAGGCUGAUUCUAGGAUGGAUAAUUUUUCUUUCUCUUCUUGAUAGCCAGGGCUGGUUAUUCUAAGGUAGAUGGCUGAGCUAUCACCUCGACCCCCAGCUCAGAGGGACAAGUAGCGGAGAUGGCCAAUUCCAGCAGCUCAUCCUGGACCCAGUCAUGGGGGGGGGGGGUCGUGUCCAGGGAAUCAUAUCUGCCCAGGCCAGGUGGAUAUAGAGGGCCCUUUGACAUGAAAACCCACAGGCCUACACCUCUUCCUCAUCUCCUAUACUCUUCCCCUUAAUUAGGGCUAUGGGUACUGACUUGAGAACAGACCACUGUCCUCCUGUGUACUUGCCUCCAUUUCCCCGGCUGGCCUAACCCUCUGCCCCCCCUCACUUGCCAUCUUGUGCACUGAAGCUUCCCAGCCUCCCGCCCUAUGUCAACCUGUAUGUAUCAUUGAAAAACCAAAAAAGGAAAGAUCUGAAAGGCCCAAGUCUUUCUGAUGACCUGGCUGGGGGCAGCAGCAGGGGAGAUUCUGAGCCCUUUCCCAGCACUUAGUUUCCAACUUGAUAUUUAUGAGUAAUUUAUUUUGAUAUGUACAUCUCUUAUUUUCUUAUGUUAUUUAUGCCCCCAGAUUAUAUUUAUGUAUGUAAGUGAGGUUUG